AUGAGGUACAUACGCAAGACCACUUCGAUAACUGUUCCUGAGGUGUUUGGGUCCGGUCUCUGCUGGGCGGGCCCUUACGUUGUCAUGUCAUUUCUCGAAGGAGUGCCCUUAUCACAACUCCUCAAAGACCCUUCUUCAGAAGGGAGGCCGGUCCUGAACCCGCAAAUAAGUGAUCGGAGCUUGAAGCGGGCUUAUCGUGAAAUGGCUGCGCUUGUUCUCGAGUUAUCCAAACAUGAAUUUGAUUCUAUUGGUGCAAUUGAGGAAAAUGAGAAGGGUUUCUUUGUCGCCAGGAGGCCUCUCACCUUCAACAUGAAUGAGUUAAUGCUGUCUGCAAAUUUACCCGAAGAAGUUUUUCCCUCACACACCUUCAGGUCAACUACAGACUACUUCAAAGCGCUUGCUAUGCAGCAUCUCUUCCAUCUUCGAUUACAGCAACGAGAUGCUGUUAGCAGCGAGGAAGACUGCCGGAGGAAAUUCACCGCUCGUUGCUUGUUCCUGGAUAUUACGAAGAAACUCUUCACCAAGUAUCCUGAGGGGCCAUUUCGGCUAUAUUGUGACGACCUUCGCCCUUCGAACAUCCUAAUAGAUCUCGAUGCUUUCCGUGUCUCGGGAAUCAUUGACUGGGAGUUUACAUAUGCUGCGCCUGCUGAGUUUACAUGGGUGGCUCCUUGGUGGCUCUUAUUGCAAAGCCCCGAGGACUGGGAAGGUGAUCUCAACCAGUUUCUGACUCGUUAUACUCCUAGGCUUUAUACCUUUUUGGAAUGCCCAAAGGACCAUGAAGAUAAAUUGAUAGAGCAAAAUUUCCUCUCGGAGUCACAGCGCCUGUCUCCACGGAUGGAAAACUCUAUGGAGACUGGGUUAUUUUGGGUCUGCUUAGCAGCAAGAUACAGCUCCAUGUUCGAUGAAAUCUAUUGGACAUUCAUCGAUCAUCGGUAUUAUGGGACCUUUACCUCUCUUGAUGACCGUAUACAACUUUUGGACCAAGAACAACGGCAAGAAAUGGAUGAACUUGUGAGGCUCAAGACAGGCCAGUGCAAGGAGAAUGAGAGUCUGGACGAUCACUAUCCAAUUGAUAUGCUGCUUGAAUUAUGA